AUGUUCCAAAUAGGGAAGAAGACAAGACUAAAAGAGCCACGACAUGUAAGAAUUAGUUGGCCAAACCCACAGGUGUAAUGGGAUUCUCGAUGUUUUGACUCUAUCACAGAGUAUCAUCCCAUUAAAACUCUACACCCCCACCGCCUCUCUCCUCUCUCUUCCCUCUCCGGUCCACACCUGGCCAACCCAAAGUGCCCCACUGUACACUCAUGGUUCAUCCACUGCUAUCUUAGAACAGGACUCGCAGCAGGAAGCCGGGAACACAACAGCUGACUUCGAAGCUGCCAGAGACGAAACAGAGGAAGAGAACAAAAAAAUUUUCAAGAAUGGUCACUUACAGUCCUUCCAAAGACCAUUCUUAUCCUUCUCUCACCAGGAAGCUCCUUCCAUGGACAUUUUAUACUAUUAUUCCUUUGGUUUUGUUUCGCUUGUAUUUCUACCCUUGCCCUCUUCCUCAUUCUCUCCCCAUUCUCAUCUCCUCCUCCUCCUCUCUUUCUCCUUCUACGCUAGAAGAGGAAAGUUCUAAGGAAACUCCAUGUGACUACACCAGUGGAGACUGGGUCCAAGACGAGAGGGGUCCUUUGUACAAUGGCACAACCUGUGGUACAAUCAAAGAAGGCCAGAACUGCAUGGCUCAUGGCAGGCCAGAUAUGGGUUAUCUAUACUGGAGAUGGAAACCAAAGCAAUGCGAGCUUCCAAGGUUUGAACCCAACAUAUUUCUUCAACUCCUUAGCAAUAAGCAUUUAGCAUUUGUUGGUGACUCCAUGGCUAGGAACCAAUUAGAGUCCCUUCUUUGUAUGCUAGCCUCUGUCUCUGCCCCUAAUCUUGUUUAUCGAGAUGGUGAGGAUAACAAGUAUCGCAGAUGGCAUUUUGAUUCUCAUAAUAUCACCAUAUCAGUGUAUUGGUCACCUUUUCUUGUAAAAGGUGUGGAAAAAUCAAAUGCUGGUCCAAAUCAUAACAAAUUGUAUUUAGAUCAUGUUGAUGAGAGAUGGGCAGCUGAUAUGAAUGGAUUUGACUUGCUUGUGCUAUCAGUUGGCCAUUGGUUUCUACAUCCAGCAGUGUAUUAUGAGGGUGAUUCUGUUCUAGGCUGCCAUUACUGUCCUGGUCUUAAUCACACUGAAAUUGGAUUUUAUGAUGUCUUGAGGAAGGCUUUAAAGACUACACUCAAUACAGCAAUCCAAAGGAGAGGAAGAGGGACUAAUGGCAAAGGCAUUGAAGUAAUUCUCACCACAUUUUCACCUUCACACUUUGAAGGUGACUGGGAUAAAUUUGGUGCCUGUCCAAAAACAAAGCCUUAUCAGGAGGGAGAGAAAUCAGUUGAAGGAAUGGAUGCAGAUAUGAGAAACAUUGAGAUCCAAGAAGUUGAAGCUGCAAAGUUGAGUGCUAUGCAAUUUGACAAUCUGAGAUUAGAGGCAUUAGAUGUAACCAAAUUAUCACUACUGAGGCCAGAUGGUCAUCCAGGACCAUACAUGUAUCCAUUUCCAUUUGCUAAUGGUGUAACUGAGCGUGUACAAAAUGACUGUGUGCAUUGGUGCUUGCCAGGGCCUGUAGAUACCUGGAACGAAAUAUUGCUGGAGAUGAUCAAGAGAUGGGCGUAUCAAUCAAUAAGACAAGAAUGAGCGAGUUUGUUUUUUGCUGAAUUUUCUGAUUCAUUUGUGUUGUGUUUAUUGCUCUUGAAAGAUACAAAAGAAAAGGAGACAAGUAGAAAAAUGAGGUUAAGUGGGUGUCAAGAACAGUGAUUUCACAGUGAUUUCUCCUGUAAUUUUUUUAUUUAUGUAAAAUGUACAAAUGAAAGCUUGGCCACAUUCCAAUCUUUUAGCAGAUUUACCCUUGUGGAGUCUUUGCUGGAGAUGUCUUUGUUGAAGGGUAUGAUUAUAUCCCUUAGGUGAUUUGGAAUUGAUCAAAUCAGAGAUUUGGCAGCAAUGAAUUGGAAAUAUCAAUUGCAAUUAUUGUUCAGAC